AUGGUUUACUUACCACGAAAAUGGCGCAAACACAACCUCUUUUAUAUUCUGAUGGCUAUUGAGCUUCCCAUUACUAUUGUCAUCCUCACAUUCACUGGUAUUGCGUCCCACGAUCUAUACCGGACCAAAUUAUGGCAAGAUGGAGCAGACAAUGGCUUCAACAGUUCUCCCGAUGAGAUUCUCUAUGCUGCCGCGAACUAUAGGCCCUAUAAAGUUCCUAUGGUCUGGGGCUCUUUCAUAACGAAUUACAAUCUAGUCCUCGGUGUUUUGAGCAUCUUCAUUUUGAUAACCAAACUCCCUCUCCAUAUCCUGCGGAUUUUUUACCCCCCUUUGUCAGUGUUCGUCCACGUGGGACUGUUCAUCGUAUAUAUCGUGUCGGCCAGUUAUCAAGCUGGUUCUGACAAGUCGGAUCCUAAGCAUAUACAAUCUGGCCCGCCAUGGUAUAUUACGAAGUCAUGCAGUGUUGCUUCGAAUAAAGAUAAUAUCGGAUAUUGCCAACAAGCCAAGGCGCUCUUUGGUUUUACUAUCAUUAUCAUUGUUCUUUAUUUUGUCGAAAUCAUCGUGAGCCUCCACUCCUCCUGCUUCUUGACCAAGGAGGAAAAGGCAGAACGCGACGAACGCCGCGAAGAAAAGAGAACCAUGAAGGAGUACGAAGACAUGGUUCUCAGAACCCCCAGAACGUUCCCCAUGAUGAGUCCUGCGCUGCCUUCAGGGGUUGCUACGCAGAUGAUGCCUACCAUGUCGUCACGAAGCCCUGAAUUCAGUACCUUCGGGAGUGGAUCGUCGGAUCUCCCGCUCCGGGACCAUUUCAGCACACCAAACCCUCGUCCGCCAACACAGCAAGAGUCAUCGGAAACCUUGGCACCGGGGAACCAACCUCAGAUGUACUUUCCGCCACCUCCUAAGAAGGCGGCUAAGGUGUGA